CCAACCCACGAUAUCCGACAGUCUCAGCAGCCAUGGGUAUCGAUUUGGACCGUCACCAUGUGCGCGGCACCCAUCGCAAGGCGCCCAAGAGCGACAAUGUCUACCUGCAGGUCCUGGUGAAGCUGUACCGCUUUCUCGCCCGCCGCACGGAGUCCAACUUUAACAAGGUCGUUCUCCGCCGUCUUUUCAUGUCGAGGAUCAAUCGCCCCCCGGUUUCCCUGUCGCGUAUCGCUUCGAAUGUGACGGAGUCUCAGAAGGGUAAGACCGUUGUCAUCAUCGGCACGGUCACUGACGAUAACCGACUCCUCACGACCCCCAAACUGUCCGUUGCCGCCCUUCGCUUCACCGCAACCGCCAGGGCCAGGAUUGAGAAGGCAGGUGGUGAAGCUCUGACGCUCGAUCAGCUCGCUCUUCGUGCUCCCACUGGCGCCAACACUCUUCUCCUCCGUGGUCCCAAGAACGCCCGUGAAGCCGUGAAGCAUUUCGGAUUUGGUCCUCACAGCCACAAGAAACCCUAUGUGCGGAGCAAGGGCAGGAAGUUCGAGCGGGCUCGUGGUCGCAGAAGGUCUCGUGGCUUCAAGGUUUAGAGCAACAAAAGUCGAGAAUUUGAAUUGGAGCACAUGGUUCUGUCAGCUGUUUCGAGGCUUUUAUCGGUUCUGAAAAAAAAGACUUUGCUGAGUGAUCUUCUGACAGCUGUUCCGGUCCUCGUUCUGCGUGUGGUAGCAGCCGGACUCUCGUCCUUAACUAGUACACUAUUUUGUUGG